AUGCCUGGUGAAGUUGAAGAUGUGGAAAACAGAGGAGUGAAAGACAGAGCAAGGCAGAGCUACUCGUCGUCUUCUUAUGUGAUAGAGGACUCAGAGACCCAAUGGACUUCUUGGUUGGUCCCCAUGGUUGUUGUGGCUAACGUUGGUGUGUUCCUUUUGGUCAUGUUUGUGAACAAUUGUCCAAAGCACAAUUCUCAGAUUGAGGGCAAGUGUGAGGCAAGGUUUCUUGGGAGGUUCUCGUUUCAACCUUUGAAGGAGAACCCUCUCUUCGGCCCUUCUUCUUCCACAUUAGAGAAGAUGGGAGCUUUGGAUUGGGCCAAAAUUGUGCAUAAGCAUCAGGGAUGGAGGCUUUUCACUUGUAUUUGGUUGCAUGCUGGCGUAAUCCACCUGGUUGCUAACAUGCUGAGCCUGGUGUUCAUUGGAAUUCGUAUAGAACAGCAAUUUGGUUUUGUGCGAGUUGGAAUUAUAUACUUGUUGUCUGGAUUUGGAGGGAGCAUACUUUCGUCCCUUUUCAUCCGUAGGAACAUCUCUGUUGGUGCCUCUGGUGCUCUUUUUGGGCUUCUUGGAGCAAUGCUUUCAGAACUAAUUACCAAUUGGACUAUUUAUACCAACAAGGUUGCAGCCCUCCUCACCCUUUUGGUCAUUAUUGCAAUUAACCUUGGCAUUGGAAUUUUGCCACAUGUUGAUAAUUUUGCCCACAUUGGUGGGUUUCUUACUGGUUUCCUCAUCGGCUUUGUCUUGAUGCCCCGUCCUCGGUUUGGGUGGUUGGAGCAACCAAAUAUUCCCGCUCGUGUCAAUGUCAAGUCCAAAUACAAGGCUUACCAAUAUAUGCUAUGGCUUCUUUCUCUUGUUCUGCUGAUUGUUGGGUUUACAGUUGCAUUGAUGAUGCUCUUCCGCGGAGAGAAUGGGAAUGACCAUUGUCAUUGGUGUCACUACCUCAGCUGUGUCCCUUCAUCUAGAUGGCAUUGUGAAGAAAAUUAA